AUGUCGGAUCAGCAGUUAAACGCUAAUGGUUCCCUUGAAGAUGAAUUGUCGCCGUCAAUGGCUUUGUCUUCUUCAAAAGACUCACUUAAGUCUUCAGGAUGCUCGAGUUCAUAUGUUUUCUCCGAUUCAGACCAAUUAUCACAUGGUGAGGCUUUCAGUAAGAGACAUCCAACUCGGGGAUCUUCCCGGUUGGCAUCAAUUGACUCUACCUUUACCAUCGAUUCGUCUAUCUCAAGAAGUACUUCGUCAUCUUACAGCUCUUUUUCAAUUCCUUUGUAUUUAAAGGUAGGACGGCUUCGUCAACUGUCUGAGACCAUUAAUUCUGAUUAUUUCUUACUCAAACACGGCUCACCAACCUGUAUUAGCCGCUCGGAGAAUCAUUUUGCAAUUGGUACAUCUUUGGGAAAGGUGUUUCUCAAUUUCCUACAGCUGGACAAAAAUGUGGUUCUGAAUGUGAAAGAUUUUGAAAAGGACAUUAGCUGCUUACCUGUUUCAUGCGUCUGUUUAUCAACCGAGUUGAACCUGCUUUGUCAAGCAAAUGUUGAUGGAUCAAUAUUUAUUUGGGACAUUGCCCAACCCGAAGCCAAGCUUAUAUUUUCGUUCCCUUCUGAUGCGAGUAGUCUUGGUAAUGCUAUAUCUCAAAUGGCUCUAGUUCAUUCCGCGGAAACCACACUUGCUGUGUUGAAUUCUCAAGGACGGAUUACUCUAUACGACUUUUACGAUCUUAUACUCAACAAAACAUUCAGUGUCCGUAAUGUACAGCUUGAUAUUCUCACAAAUGAGCGUGCUACGUCGUUGUCGUCGAUUUCGUUUAAAAAGCCAUUUCUCUCGUUAAUUAAAAACGAACCAUAUUUUGUCGUUCAAACAUUGCGCGGCCUUUGUUUUUUCCAUCCAACCAAGGUUGAAGAGUCAAAUUAUACGUGCUACUAUUCGAAAAAAGAUGCAACCAUAGCCGCACAUGUGGUGCGUCUCAUCCCAAGAAAGGCGAACAUAGCUAGGCUUGUGUUCUCCUACGACUCGACUGUUGAGGUACACCAGUUACAGCUGAAAAACGGCUUAAAUGCAAAGUUUCGGAGACGCUGUACUUUGCCAAGCAAUGUUUGUCAACUAGAAGCUCUCUCUGAUGUUUCUGUUAUCUUGGCAUUCACCCUUUCCAAAGAAAUUUAUGUUUUGGAUGCCAGAACACUGGUGAUUAUAUCAAUACAUUCAUUAUCCUCUUUAAGGCUUAUGGCCUGGGACUGGAUGACUUCAAUUUUUACUGAAUUCACUGGACUCACACAUGCUAACCUGUCUACAUCCGUGGUAACAUCCUCCAAGGUUGCCUAUCUUCUUGGAACAAACGGCAUAUAUGCUGCUUUCCCUCAGAAGCUUCAGGGACAGUACUACGUAUCUCAGCAGCUGGGUAAAUCUUUUCCACUUUUUUAUGAGCUUUGUAACUAUUACAAGAGCCAUUCAUAUUUACAGAAUGAGGUUAAUAGUUCCGACGUAUAUGACAAUUUGCUACUUGGUGUGUUGCUUCAACAUGUAAGUAGCCAAUUAUCUAAUUAUACGAAAACGGACAACCAUGCUACGAAUCUACUGGAUCUUCUCCAGGACGUGCUCGAAAAGGCGCAUUCUAACAAUUUAUUCAGCGAAUUCUGUGUCGCUUUAUUGAACAGUGUAACGGACGAGAUGUUUUAUGAUGAGUGUCUUAACUCCAUCUCCGCUUUUGUUGUUUCGUAUCAGAUCUCGGAUAUAAGCAUUGACUUGCAAACAAUCGUCUUUCGUCAAUUACGAGAAAAAGACCGUAUGCACGAAUUAGAGCAGUUUAUUUGCUCCCUCAACUUUGUCCAUAUGAAUUUUGAUGCAGUCUUUACACUCAGUAGGGAUCUGGAAUUGUUCGAUGCCUACAGUUAUCUGUGCAUUUAUGCGCUUCAUGAUUACUCCUCUCCUUUACUUCAAUUUCUUAAGUAUAUUAAAGAGGAUGCCCAUUCGGAUGAUUACGAGGAAAAAGUUCACAAGGGAUUUCAAUUCCUAAGCUUUUCGCUUACGGGUCUCAAGUAUCCUUUGGGAACAGCUAUGGAAGAACGAGAUAGUUAUCCAAUUGCACACACGUUGUUAAAGUGCCUGUUUUCCUGUAAUGUCCUUCCUAUUCAUGUGGAUGUUAAUGAUAAGGAAACAUUUCCUUAUGUGCGUUUAUUGCUCAAAAGGCGAAAGAAAGAGCUUUACUCUAUGCUGGACGGGGCUUUUGAAAGUUCCUACUUCAACCAAGCGAACGUUUCCGUCGCGAAGCAACAGUCGCCAAUCGUCAGUCGCCAGUGGAUAUUAGAAUCUUUACUGGAUAUCGAAAAGAAUGAUGAUAAUUGUGAUUAUCUGUAUAUACUUUUGGCGAACAGUUUGGCCAAAUAUCCUCAGUUUCUACUUUUUCCAACUUCGUUGAUGGAACAGUGCUUUUUCAAGUUGUGCCAGUCUUCGGACCUUUCAACCAAAUUUGCACGAAUUGAGGCUGCCGAAGCUUUAUUUACAGUAUUUACACCAAUUGAUGUAAAACGGAUAUCUUCUUCUUGUAAAGACAAUAAGCUAUAUUCGUUAGUGGAAAAGCUGGCAUUUUCAGUAUGUGAUUUUUCCUCCGCCUUGUCGGCUCUUGUGUCACGCUUUGAGGAUGGUGAUCUCGAGCGAGAACUUUGGCUUGGUCAACAAGAACUCUUUCAAAAGAUUGAGCAUUGGUUCCAAGUUCUUGUUAAUAUUCCUGAACAAUAUCAAGAACUUCAACGAGUUGUCAUCGCCAACAGUGCAGUUUUAUCAACUAUCGAUGUGCCUGCCUUCGCUGAUCUAAUAAUCCAUUAUGCACCAACAGAAAUGAGUUCAGUUUUGCGAGAAUUAGAACGCGGAGAUUGUGAUAAGACCCCCUUCGUUGAACAAAUAAUGCAUCUGGAUCCGAAUUACAAAUUCGCUGACACUCUAAAUUCUAAAGACAUUCUGGCCAUUCUUACGCACAUACAUAAAUUACAUGGAGACAUGAAAGUUUUAUCCGUUCUUCAGGAGUAUCCGGAGUUUACAAAGGCUGAAGGUCUAACUGAAAGCCUCAAGCAGACAAACUCUUUUGAGUCGCUAAUUCACGUUUCUCGGUUACAUGGAAAUGUUCGUGAAGCAUUAGAUUUUAUUAUACAAUGUGUUCGGCAUUUGCUUGAUAACAGCCAACUAGAUGCCGCAGAGUUGGAUGGUAUACAACAGAAGUUACGAACUGCCACACAUAUUCUGGAUGAGUUGUUUUCUGCUCGUCAAUUGACUGAGAGGCAAACUCUCGAAUAUAGGACACAUCUUCUUUCGCUGAUUAUCUCUAUUCAUGCAGUGUUCGAAAAGCUUCAAGACAAAAGGUUUGUAUUUGAAUCUUUGGUGUCUCUAUUCUUUGAUGGAAUUCGACACAGUAUAUGUUUUGGAAAGAUGAACGACGAGGCGUCAUGGAACGUGGUAAACGGUGUUCUCAGUAACACGCUCACAUGGGUUCAGGAUGGACACGACGAGUGCAGAAACCCAUGGCAAGAAAUGCUAAGUUUCUUGCUUCGCAGUUUCAAGCUUGGAGCACGUACGAAGCAGACAUUCCAAAGAGCUUUCAAUGCACAAAAGCUCCAACGAGUGUAUGAAUUACGGAAAAUGAAAGCAUGUGGAUUACUGUUACAGCCUCCUGCGAUUCCUCUUCAUGCAAACAAAAACAAAGCAAUAAAGGAGCUUGAAGGUGUUCGCCUGUACCUGUUUCAGUGUGGUCACUGCUCUAUUGCCAAUGUGGCCAACCUAUCUAAUGAAGAAGCACCAAAGUGUCCUUCUUGUACGCAAGAGGAAGAUCAUCCUAAAAUGAGUGAGGCGUGA